AUGGAGAUGAGAAAGAGGAUGCUUGGGGAGGAGCAUGCAGACGCGCUGACCAGCAUGGCUAACCUAGCACACACGUGGAAACCCCAAAGCCGGGAUGAAGAAGCUAUCUCAUCGAUGGAAAAGUGCUUUGAGCGACGGAUGCGGAUCCUUGGCCCUCAUCACCCUGACACACAGAGU